AUGAAUGCAAGACAUGAAGACAUAGAUCUGAUCGACAAUUGUCUACAUCUGGGGAACCGUUUGGUGGCGACCGACGUCUGCAAACUGUUCGCCCGGAAAAUCACUGACGUGUUGACCGUAAUGGACGAACCCAUAGACGUCGACAAACGCAUCGCCGGAAUCCGUUACCAUCACAUCGACGCCGAAGACAACGCACGUCAGGAUCUGUUGACUCAUUUUGACAACACAUAUGAUAUAAUCGACGGCUGCCGACAGUUGGGACACUCCGUACUCGUGCACUGCCGGGCGGGCGUCUCCCGGAGCGCCGCAGUCGUGAUCGCGUAUUUGAUGCGCAAACGGCAGCUACCAUUUCACGACGCCUUGGAGUUGGUUCGCAACUGUCGACCAAUCAUACGUCCAAACGAAGGCUUUAUGGAUCAGCUCCGGCUGUUUGAGCGCAUGGACUACCGGUUGAACGCUAACGAUCGGCAAUUCCGGCAGUGGUUGUGGCGAUUGUGCGCCAAUCGGGACCGUCUGGACUAUUACUACGAGCGCCGAACAGUGGCCGAGUGGAUGACCCCCGGCCUGCAUUGGGGUCAGCAGUUGGUGUGCGCCGACUGUGAAUUCGCACUCUUCUCGCAGAUCCAUAUUAAUAGUGACUUCGAUGAAAUGUAUGGGUCGGGUGCGGCCCCAGUGACCGGAUUGGUUAACAAUCAGCGGAUAUAUAUUGAACCCAAAGAGUGGAUGGCCGAGUUAUCAGCCCCCGACCAUUCAUACGGUUUCAUUAAGUGUCGCUGCGAUGCCAUUGUGGCCGAGUAUGAGCUGUUGACCCCCUAUGAAGACCCUUUGGUGGCCAACCCGUUGUCGUCUAAACACCAGUGCUUUAAGAUCCGGUUAAUGAGAGGACAGACAUUCAGGGAUCAGAUCACGGAUACCAAAGGGGGUAACCGAAGGGGUAUUCGAACAAGUUUCAACGCUUCCAAAGAGUUCUGA